AUGGCCAAAAGUAAGAGAGGUUUGAAGGCUAUUCAGGCAAGAACAGCUAAGAAAAGAAAACAGCAAGACGCUCAGCUGCUGGAGAACGGUUUCCAGAAUGCCUCCAACUUUACAGACACAGAGGACCAUUACGAGGAUGUGGCUAAAACAAGGACUGAUUCCUGGGAGGAGGAACAAGAUUAUGAACUAAGGCCACGAAAAUUACAAGAUUACGGCGAGGAAGUGGUUGAGGGUCUACCGAUCAAAGUAAAUGGACGAAUCGAAAGAAAACUGCGCAAAAAAACGAGCAGCACCAAGGAUUCUGAUAGGGAAGAGGUGAAUGAAGGGGAUGACGAAGAGCUUUCGGAUGAAAGAAGUGAGUCUCCUACUAGUGACUUUGAGCAAGAUGUGAAAUCCGACGAAGAGCUAGAUACAGAAGAAAGUAUUAUUGCCUUGAAGGAAGAGAUUGCCGAUUUGGUUGAAAAAAUUAUUGAAGAGCCCGAAGAGAACACGGCGGCUUUAUCGAGACUUUGUAGAAUGGCAGGCUCUAAGAACCCUAAUACAUGCAAAUUUUCCAUGCUGGCAUUAGUGCCGGUCUUCAAGAACAUUAUUCCAGGCUACAGAAUAAGGCCUUUAACGGAUCUAGAGAAGAAAGAGAAAGUUUCUAAGGAAAUCGGUAGGUUAAGAAAUUUUGAGCAGACGCUGGUGCUGAAUUACCGUAGAUAUCUUGAUUUAAUCAAAGACCUAUCCAAGGUACCAAACAACGACGAUCCCCUGAAGGUCUCAUUGGGAGCACUAGCUACUCAAGCUGCAAACGAACUUGCUCCUAAUGUCUCUCAUUUCAACUUUCGGGAUGAUCUGAUCACGACACUUGUUCGUCGUGUUUGCAAACCAAAUCUUCAUGCUGACCCAGUUUCUUCUCUAUCGAUUAAAACUUUGGAGGUCCUGUUGAAUGACGACGAUGAAGGUAAUAUUUCUCUAAGUGUGGUUAGGAUUCUAGCAAAAACUUUAAAGGUAAGAAAAUACAAUGUGGAUGAGUCUGUUCUUAAUAUAUUACUUUCCUUAGAAGUACUGCAGGAUUAUGAUCCAAACACGAAGACUGAAGAGCGAGUUACCAAGCCAAGGGCCAAGAAGGUUCAUCUUUCAAAGAAGCAAAGGAAGGCCAGGAAAGAGCUUAAAGCCAUCGAAGAUGAAAUGCGAAAAGCUGAACAAUCGGUGUCUGCAGAGGAAAGAGAGAAGAACCAAGGUGAGAUACUGAAAGUAAUACUUUCACUCUACCUGAACAUCUUGAGGAUGGAUUCGUCAGCUUUAGUUGGGUCAGUUCUGGAAGGUCUAGUUAAGUUCGGGAGCAUGGCCAACUUGGAACUGCUAGGUGAUUUUCUGGAGGUCAUGAAAGAUAUUAUUCGAAACACUGACAUCGAAAACCCAACUUCGCUUACUGUCAGAAAAAUAUUGCUCUGUAUUGUGACCUCCUUUUCCCUUGUAGCUGCGCAUACUCAGAUGAAGUUGCAUACGGACUUAUCGACUUUUGUGGAUGCUUUGUAUGCGUUGCUACCUCAUGUUUCUUUGGACCCUGACCUGGAGUUAUCGCAUAAAUCUCUCCGUCUUGCUGAUCCAUUGCAUAAUGAUUUAAUCAAACCUUCUGUGAACGUUUCCACCAAGGCAGAGCUGCUUCUGAAGGCACUAGAUCAUGUUUUUUUUAGAUCAAGAUCAGGCACAAAACUAAAAGCGCUUGCAUUCACCAAGAGGCUGUAUACCUGUAUGGAAAACACGCCAGAGCACACCACUAUAGCUCUUCUGAAAUUUCUAGAGAAGCUAAUGAGCAGAUACCCUGAAUUGUCGGGUCUCUACUCCACAGAGGACCGUGUAGGUAACGGUAUUUUCAUCAUGGAGGCCGACAAUCCAACAAGAAGUAAUGCCGAGAGUGCAGUUUUAUGGGAGAAUAACAUACUAAGAAAGCACUACUGCCCAGUUGUUGUUAAGGGCAUCAAAUCCUUGGCAAGCCAUUCAAAGAAUUAA